AUCUUUCUGAAAGUGGCUGAUGAUAGUGGUGUAGACGCGGAAACCUCGGAUGGGACAUUGCCAGCCAGAAGGAACAGGCGCGUGUUUGGGGACAGACAGAGCUGCCUUCGUCCAUUUACGGAAGAUGACGCAUUUGAUCCUAAUGAUUCAGACAUAGAUCCAGAAUCCAGAGAGACAGACCUUCUCAGUGGCAUGGAUGGGAAGGGCUCCUACCAAAUGAAGGGCUGGAAGCUGACCCAGCAGCAGUUCAUGGCGCUGUUGUGGAAGAGGCUGCUUAUUGCCAAGAGAAGCCGGAAGGGCUUCUUUGCUCAGAUUGUGCUGCCAGCUGUCUUUGUGUGUAUUGCUCUCAUGUUCAGCCUGAUCGUCCCUCCCUUUGGGAAGUAUCCCAGCCUGGAAUUACAGCCCUGGAUGUAUGAUGAGCAGUACACUUUUAUUAGCAAUGAUGCUCCAGAAGAUGCAGGCAUGCAGAGGCUUUUGGACGCCCUUCUCAGUAAGCCUGGUUUUGGGACACGCUGUAUGCAGGGACACUCCAUCCCAGAUACUCCUUGCACUGUGGGGCAGAGGGAAUGGACCACCGCUUCAGUCCCAGACUCAGUCCGGGACAUUUUCCUGAAAGGCAACUGGAGCAUGGAAGACCCUUCCCCAUCUUGCGAGUGCAGCAAUGAGAAGAUCAAGAAGAUGCUGCCUGUGUGCCCCCCUGGUGCAGGCGGGCUGCCACCCCCACAGCGUGAGCAAGACACUGCUGAUAUCCUCCAGAAUCUGACAGGCCGUAAUAUAUCAGACUACCUAGUGAAGACCUAUGCGCAGAUCAUUGGGAAAAGCUUAAAGAAUAAGAUCUGGGUGAAUGAGUUCAGGUAUGGCGGCUUGUCCUUGGGAGCCAGCAGCUCCCUCAUGCUUCCCCCAAGCCAUGAAGUCACUGAUGCCAUUAAACAGGUGAAGAAAAUCUUGGAGCUAGCACAGGGGAGUUCUGGAGAUCGGUUUCUUAAUAGCUUGUCAAGUUUCAUGAAAGGCCUGGAUACAAAGAACAAUGUCAAGGUGUGGUUUAACAACAAGGGCUGGCAUGCCAUCGCCUCCUUCCUGAACGUCAUCAAUAAUGCUAUACUUCGGGCCAACCUGCAACAGGGCAAAAACCCUAGUACUUAUGGAAUAACUGCCUUCAAUCACCCGCUCAACCUUACCAAGCAACAGCUCUCUGAAGUGGCCCUGAUGACUACCUCCGUGGAUGUCUUAGUCUCCAUCUGUGUGAUCUUUGCCAUGUCCUUUGUUCCUGCCAGCUUUGUGGUCUUCCUUAUCCAGGAACGUGUCAGCAAGGCUAAACAUUUGCAGUUCAUCAGUGGUGUGAAGCCUGUGAUCUACUGGCUGGCCAACUUCGUCUGGGAUAUGUGCAACUACAUUGUUCCAGCCACACUUGUUAUCAUCAUCUUCAUCUGCUUCCAGCAGAAGUCAUAUGUAUCCUCUUCCAACUUGCCUGUGCUGGCUCUCCUUCUGUUUCUCUAUGGGUGGUCCAUCACCCCUCUCAUGUAUCCAGCCUCCUUCAUGUUCAAAAUCCCCAGCACAGCGUACGUUGUGCUGACCAGUGUGAACCUCUUUAUUGGCAUCAAUGGUAGCGUGGCCACCUUUGUCCUGGAGCUCUUCACCAACAAUAAGCUGAACAACAUCAAUGACAUCCUGAAGUCUGUCUUCCUCAUCUUUCCCCACUUCUGCCUGGGGCGGGGACUCAUUGAUAUGGUGAAAAACCAGGCCAUGGCUGAUGCUCUGGAGAGGUUUGGAGAAAAUCGUUUUGUGUCCCCUCUGUCGUGGGACCUCGUGGGAAGGAACCUCUUUGCCAUGGCAGUAGAGGGUGUUGUCUUCUUUCUCAUCACAGUGCUCAUCCAGUACAGGUUCUUCAUCAAACCCAGGCCUGUCUAUGCCAAGCUGCCUUCUGUGAAUGAUGAAGAUGAGGAUGUAACCAGAGAGAGACAGAGGAUAAUUAGUGGAGGAGGGCAGAGUGACAUCUUGGAAAUCAAGGAGCUAACCAAGAUUUACAGAAUGAAGCGAAAACCAGCAGUAGAUAGAAUCUGUGUUGGAAUCCCCCCUGGAGAGUGCUUUGGACUCUUGGGAGUAAAUGGUGCUGGCAAGUCAUCCACUUUUAAGAUGCUAACUGGUGAUACUGAUGUGACAGGAGGAGAAGCUUUCCUCAAGGGAAACAGUAUCUUGUCCAACAUCCAAGAAGUCCAUCAGAACAUGGGCUACUGCCCACAGUUCGAUGCUGUUAAUGAACUGCUGACAGGCCGAGAGCACUUGGAGUUCUUCGCGCUCCUGCGAGGUGUUCCAGAGAAAGAAGUCUGCAAGGUUGGUGAGUGGGCAAUUCGGAAACUGGGCCUUGUGAAAUACGGAGAAAAAUAUGCUGGGAAUUACAGUGGAGGGAACAGACGCAAGCUCUCCACAGCCAUUGCCCUCAUUGGAGGGCCACCUGUGGUGUUCCUGGAUGAGCCAACAACGGGGAUGGAUCCCAAAGCACGUCGUUUCCUGUGGAACUGUGCUCUGAGUGUAAUCAAAGAGGGGAGAUCAGUGGUGCUGACAUCUCAUAGCAUGGAAGAAUGUGAAGCCCUGUGCACUCGAAUGGCGAUAAUGGUCAAUGGGCGAUUCAGGUGUCUGGGCAGCGUCCAGCAUCUAAAGAACAGGUUUGGAGAUGGUUACACCAUAGUUGUGAGAAUCGCAGGGGCAAACCCAGACAUGAAGCCUGUUGAGGAGUUCUUUGGGCAUGCCUUCCCUGGAAGUGUCCUGAAGGAAAAACAUCGCAAUAUGCUGCAAUACCAGCUUCCCUCUUCACCAUCCUCCUUGGCCAGAAUAUUCAGUAUUCUCUCCCAGAACAAAAAGAGACUCCACAUAGAAGACUACUCCGUUUCUCAGACCACACUUGACCAAGUAUUCGUAAAUUUUGCUAAGGACCAAAGCGACGACGACCACACUAAGGACCUGUCAUUGCACAAAAACCAGACUGUGGUAGACAUUGCAAUCCUUAAUUCCUUCCUGCAAGAUGAGAAGGUAAAAGAAAGUUGCGUGUGAGCCAAUUUCAGCAAAGAAAUUAUGAGCAGAAUGCAAACUUCCUUUUCCUGGGAUAGGAUACUCCCAAAGAAGUUGUUAGAGGAAGAGAAACUGGACACUCUACUGAUAACCAUUCAAUGCAAUGCAAUUCAAUGCAAUGAAAACAAAAUUCCUUUACAGGGGCAGUGCCUCAUGGAGUCAUCUUGUACUGUUCUCAAGUGAAAGACUUGAACUUAGGUCAUUAUAGUGUAACUCUGAAGCUGUGGUAAAGCACCCACCAGAUGCUGUGGGCUUUCAGCCAUACUGUGUCUUGUCCUGUACAGUAUGUUUUCACUAGGAUUGCAGAAAUAGUUCAUUGAGGAAUCAUGGCCAGUCGUUAUUUAUAGGUAUUUCAGACAUGCAUGUUUUAGUCUUCAAAACUUUCAUGUCAGGAGUGGGAAU